AUGGCUUCUUAUUCUCAGUCAACUGGUACAUUUACAACCUCUGAUGGUACUUCCUAUUCUGGCUAUUCUGGUCGUGGAGAAGGUUUAAAUAAUUCUGAUCGAGAAUCAAUGCCAUUUGUUGGUCCAAUUCCGAAAGGUGAAUACACCGUAACAAGUUCAAAUACUUCCAAAGGUCCGAUAACAUUAGUAUUAACACCAGAUAAGUCGAACAUUAUGUAUGGUCGAAAUGGCUUUUUAAUUCAUGGAGAUAAUUCCAAAGGUGAUCACUCAGCUUCCGAAGGUUGCAUCAUUGUUGGACCAGAUGCACGUAAAAAAAUAGCAGUUGGAGAUAAAAUUGUAGUCAAAGGGUAA